AUGUCUGGAUUGGAGCGAAAGAUACGAAAUCUUAAAACCCGUCGGCGAAGCAUCGCAACGUCAUUUAAUUUAAUCAGGAGAUUUGUUGCCGAAUAUAAUGCUGAAAGAGACGUUGCCGAGGUACCAGUUCGUUUAGAAGCAAUCGUGUCGCUGUGGGCAGAUUUUAACACUGUUCAAGCGGAGUUAGAAACCACGGAUGAGUCACCAGAUGCACUUGAAGGAUACUUGAAGGAGAGAGCUGAGUUCGAAUCAUCGUUCUACAAGAUUAAAGGAUUUCUUCUGCAGCAUGUUCCUGCAACAACCACCACAGUGGCACCAACACCACAAAUAAACCACACGAACCGCGUGAAACUGCCCGAUGUGAAACUGCCCAUAUUUGAAGGGAAAUUUGAGACUUGGCUAAAUUUCCACGAUCUGUUCGUAUCGUUAGUACAUUCGUCAAUCGAUUUGUCGAGCAUUCAAAAGUUUUACUACCUUCGAUCGUCACUCGGAGGUGAAGCGUUAAAACUAAUACAAACAAUACCGAUAAGCGCAACUAACUAUCCUGUCGCAUGGAAUUUAUUGGUUGAACAUUUCCAGAAUCCCACUGUAUUGAAGAGAAAUUAUGUACAAACCUUAUUUGACUUUCCAACCCUACGCCGUGAGUCAGCUACCGAGCUGCAUGCACUGGUUGAACAAUUCGAAGCGAACGUCAGGGUGUUGAACCAAUUGGGAGAGCACACCGAAUAUUGGGAUAUUCUUCUUGUUCACUUUCUCGCCAGCCGACUGGAUCCUGUAACACGACGUGACUGGGAGGAACAUUCAGCAGUUCAUGAAACCAUCAGUUUCCGAGGCCUUACCGAUUUUAUUCAGCGAAGGGUGAACGUCCUGCAGCAAAUUACCACCAAACCAGUGGAAGCACAGCAGCAACAUCAAUCACAAAAUAAGAAACCAUAUCAGCCUCGUUUGGGAACGCACGGAGCAUUUCAAGAUCAUCGAUCCCGAAAAUGCAUCGCAUGCUCUGAGGAGCACACAAUUUAUCAAUGUAACACUUUUGCUCGUUUGCCGAUCGAUGAGAAUGAGAGACUCAUAAAACGGAAUCAUCUCUGCCGUAAUUGUUUCCGUAGAGGGCAUUUCGCUAGAGAAUGUGCUUCGGAGAGUUGCUGUAAAAAAUGUAAAGCAAGACAUCACACACUAUUGUGCACAAAAACUGUUCCUUAUGCUGGGAAUUCGUCAAACAAUAUUGCGGCUGGCUCGAAUAUGGCUACCUUACCUACAUCCACAAAUACCUCGUCCAAUCAACGUCCAGUGCCAACUGCAACCGUGGCGCAUUCCGGGAUUACCAGUUGCAAUUCACAAGUACCCGGCCGAACCAAGGUAAUACUAGCAACCGCUGUGAUAGUGCUGAUUGAUGACGCCGGAAAGGAGCACUUAGCUCGUGCAUUGUUAGAUUCUGGCAGCGAGUGUUGUUUCGCCACCAAGAGAUUAUACCAAAUGAUGAAGGUUAAACAGACUAGAGUUGAUUUACCUAUCGCUGGAAUAGGAAAGUCGUCGGCUACAGUCAUAUAUCAAUUCCAGUCGUUAAUUAAAUCGAGAACCUCAGAUUUUUGUGCUAGUGUGGAUCUUCUCAUACUCCCGAAGGUUACUAUUGAUCUCCCGUCUCUCACUUUAGACACCACUACAUGGAAAAUCCCCGAUGGGAUCACUCUUGCCGAUCCAGCCUUCAACCAACCCAACGCAAUAGAUCUAGUAUUGGGUGCUGAGAUCUUUUUUGAUUUAUUUUCUAUUCCUGGUCGUAUAUACCUUGGUGAUACGUUUCCACUGCUGAUCAACUCCGUUUUCGGUUGGGUGGUUUCGGGCAAAACCAGCAGUGAUUUUGUUACCUACCCUGCUCUUUACAAUCUUGCUAUUAUUGAUGAUCUGCAGAACAAGAUUGAAAAAUUCUGGGCCAUUGAGGAAGAUACGGGAUCUAGUCAUUACUCUCUCGAAGAAACUCAGUGUGAAGAGAUAUUUCAACAAACAGUGACGCGCGGGAACGAGGGACGAUAUACAGUGCGGCUUCCAUUUAAAGAUGGUCAGAUAGAGAGACUAGGAGAAAAUAGAAAAACAGCAUUACAUCGGUUUCGUUUGUUGGAAAAUCGGUUAUCACGCAAUCCUGAUCUUGGUAGCCAGUAUCAGGAAUUCAUGACCGAAUAUCUUCGAUUAGGACACAUGGCUCCAGUUCCAGAUGAUGCACAUGAUUCAAGGUCAUGUUAUUAUUUGCCCCACCAUCCUGUGGUCAAAGAGAGCAGUACGACAACGAAGGUUCGUGUGGUGUACGACGCGUCGUGUAAAACUAGUACUGGUCUUUCUCUAAACGACAUACUCCUGGUGGGACCAGUCAUUCAAGAAGACCUGCGGUCCUUGAUAGUUCGUGUUCGCCUCCAUCCGAUAAUAUUAAUUGCAGACGUCGAAAAGAUGUAUCGACAGAUAAUCUUACAUUCAGACGAUACUCAUUUCCAGAGAGUAUUUUGGCGAACCUCUCCUACCAAACCAAUCGAGACGUUUGAACUAAAGACAGUGACAUACGGCACCGCAUCAGCCCCUUUUUUGGCAACCCGCGUCCUCAAGCAGUUGGCGAUUGACGAAGCACAUAAGUAUCCGAUCGCUGCUAAGGCUGUCGAAACAGAUUUUUAUGUAGAUGACCUUUACUCGGGAGCAGCGACAGUAGAAGAAGCAAUCGAACUUCGGAAACAAUUGGAUUCCCUACUCUCUGCCGGCGGGUUCCAGCUGAGGAAAUGGGCAUCUAAUAACGCAGCGGUGCUAGACGGUGUUUCCCCUGAGAACCGUGCUAUUCAAGAGCAGCUCGAUUUCGAUCGAGACCAAACACUUAAAACACUCGGGUUGUAUUGGGAACCAAGAAGUGACUGCCUGAAAUAUCAAAUUCAACUCCCUUUAUCGCAUACUGCAAGGCUAACGAAACGAAUAACGUUAUCGUAUAUUGCUCAAAUUUUUGACCCACUUGGUUUAGUUGGGCCUGUUGUUGUGACAGCAAAAACGUUCAUGCAGACGCUCUGGUCUCUUACAGACGAAAAUGGAUAUAUAUGGGAAUGGGAUCGAGAGCUACCACCACACUUGCAUGAACAGUGGGUUACUUAUCACUCGGAGCUAUCGUCACUCAAUCAACUUAGGAUAGAUCGCUUCGUACUUAUACAAAAUGCAGUAAAGGUAGAAUUGCAUAUGUUUUCGGAUGCUUCUGAGAGAGCAUAUGGCAGCUGUGCGUAUCUUAGAUCAGUUGAUAUCAAUGGAAAUAUCAAGGUCGCUCUUCUCACGUCGCGGUCGAAAGUAGCCCCGCUUAAAAAGCAAUCUAUUCCGCGCUUAGAACUAUGUGGAGCUCUUCUCUCUGCUGAGCUUUACGGGAAAAUAAUCUCAUCCCUUCAUAUGGCUGUUGACACCUAUUUUUGGACUGAUUCAACAAUUGUCAUCAGUUGGCUUCAAGCGACACCAUCAACGUGGACGACGUUCGUUGCGAAUAGAGUGUCUAAAAUUCAGCAUGCUACGCAGAAUUGUACUUGGAGACACAUUUCGGGACAUGAAAACCCAGCCGACAUUUUAUCGCGUGGAUGUUCCGCACCAGAGCUACUAACCAGUAUGCGUUGGUGGAACGGUCCGUCCUGGGCAAAUAGCUGCACUGAAAAAUGGCCGCAGCAAAGAUUGGUCAACGAUGCAGGAGGCAACAUAGAUCUCGAGCGACGCAAACCACCAAUUACCGCCGCAUCUACUUCGGUGUCGAGCUCAUUCAUUGAUGAGUACUGUUCCAGGUUUUCCAGCUAUUCACGAAUGAUCAGAGUAACAACGUAUCUGCUGCGAUAUAUUAAAAAUCUCCAGCUACAAAGGGAAAAGAGAAUCACUAGUUGGCUCACUACGGAUGAAUUAAAGAGUGCUGAGUAUACACUGAUUCGCUUAGUGCAACAACAAUGUUUUUCGGAUGAAUGGAAACGCCUCUCUAAGGGAGAGCAUGUGUCGGGUAGCUCACGUUUACGAUGGUUUCACCCACUUAUACCAGAAAGCGACAAGGUCAUCAGGAUUGGAGGGCGUUUGGGACAGUCUUGCCAAUCGUACGACUUCAAGCACCAAAUUUUGCUUCCAAGCUCCCAUGCACUUGCGAGGCUACUUCUGCUCUCCUACCAUCAUCGAUUGUUACAUGCGGCGCCACAGUUGAUGAUUAACACGGUGCGACUGCGGUAUUGGCCGCUUGGCGGAAGAAACAUCGCAAGACAGAUAGUGCACAAAUGUAUCAUUUGUGUGCGAGCUCGUCCCAAAUUAAUUCAACAAUUUAUGGCCGAACUUCCUGCUUCUCGUGUCACUGCAUCACGACCAUUUUCGAUGGUCGGGGUUGAUUUCUGGGGACCUGUUCGCAUCCAGCCUAGGCAUCGACGAGACGCUCCAUUGAAAGCUUAUGUGGCUGUAUUUGUAUGUUUUGCCACAAAGGCAGUUCAUUUGGAGCUCGUUGUGGAUUUAAGUACAAGCAAAUUUCUGCAAGCCUUCCGACGGUUUGUCGCGCGUCGUGGAUUAUGCUCAGAUGUUUACAGUGAUAAUGAUCGUAAUUUUGUGGGAGCAGCCAACGAAUUGCGGCGGUUUGUACAAGGCAAGGAAUACAAGGACAAAUUCUCCGGAGAGUGCAAUGACCACGGAAUUCGGUGGCACUUUAACCCUCCGAAAGCGUCUCAUUUUGGUGGUCUCUGGGAAGCGGCUAUCAACUCUGCUCAAAAACAUUUUCAUCGAGUUCUCAGUGGACAUACUUUGGCUUUCGAUGACAUGGAGACGCUCCUUGUUCAAAUUGAGUGCUGCCUUAACUCCCGGCCGCUAACACCGCUCAGCGACGAUCCUGCUGAUCUAGAGCCAUUGACUCCAGGACAUUUCCUUAUAGGAUCAGCACUGAAGGCAGUUCCAGACACCAACUUCGAGGCCAUUCCGUACAACAGACUUACACGAUGGCAGCAAACGCAGAGAGCGGUGCAGGAAAUUUGGAAUCGCUGGUAUCGCGAGUAUCUUGCUACCCUACAACCAAGAGCUAAAUGGUGCAAUCCACCAGUCACCAUCCAGAAAAACCGUUUAGUUGUCAUCAUGGAUGAAAACUUCCCACCGGCACGAUGGCCUACAGGAAGAGUUCACGAGCUGCAUCCCGGACCGGAUGGGAUCGUACGAGUUGUAACUCUGCAAACAUCUCGUGGAUUCAUCACUCGACCAGUGGCAAAGUUAUGCCUUCUACCAGUCGCUUCAUCGGGUACUGAGGAUUCUGAAUGA